AUUUAUUUCCAUAAAUUUAACAAUAUAUAUUCUUAAUCCCAACGUGUACGAAUAUUCCAUGAUGAUUUGAUCUCAUAAUUCGUAAACCAACUGCCAAAUACAAUGCCCAACCUCAAAGUCCUCAUUGUCGGCGCAUCAAUCGCUGGCCCCACGGCUGCCUACUGGCUUUCCAAAGCUGGCGCAGACAUAACCGUCAUCGAACGCUUCCCUUCCCUGCGCUCCAACGGCCAGAACGUCGACAUCCGCACUUCCGGCGUAACUGUCAUUCGCAAGAUGCCGAUGGAGACCGCCGUGCGAGCCAAGACAUCACAGAUGGAAGGAAUAAACUUUGUCCUUGCAGAUGGCAGCACAUAUGCGUGUAUAAAACCAACUGGAAACCCCGAGCAGCAGUCUCUCGUGUCGGAAUAUGAGAUCUUGCGGGGAGACCUGUCGCAAAUCCUGUUUGAUCUGACGAAGGACAAUAAGAGUAUCAAGUACGUCUUUGGUGAGCAAGUGAUGUCGAUGCGACAGCAGAUCGAUGGAAAGGUCAACGGUCCAAUCAUAGUUGAAAUUGCGAAUGGGCUGGCUACAGCGGAAUAUGACCUCGUCGUUGCCUGCGAUGGGGCUACCUCGCGGACUCGAGCUAUGGGUCUCGGCCGCGGCUCUAGGGAUUAUGUGUACCCGUCGAACUGCUGGGCCGCGUUCUUUUCGAUAAACGAGGAUCUAUUUGCAGGCAAUGCAAUGGGACAUGCAUACAGCGCUGUUGGUGGCCGUUUCAUAGCUGCAGGCUCAGAUCCUUCGGGCAUCACGAAAGUGGUGCUGAUGGGACUUAGCCCCCCAGGCGACCAUUCCGCCUCGGUAUCCUUCUGCGAUGCGAUGAAAAGGGGCGAUGAUGGGCUUAAACAGUUUGUCGCCAGUCAUUACGAAGGUGCUGGCUGGAAGACCGAAGAAAUCAUGAAGUGCAUGCUUAAUUCCACAGACUUCUAUGCCAACGAGAUCGUUCAGGUCAAGACCCCAAGUCUGUGUAACGGCCGUUUUGUCCUUGUCGGCGACGCAGGUUAUGCAGCGGGUUUCACGGGCGCUGGAACGACCCUCGCCAUCACAGGCGCGUACUUGCUAGCAGGCGAGAUAAAUAAGCAUGCCGGCAACCUUGAAGCAGGAAUUAAGGGAUACGAGGAGCAAAUGCGUCCUAUGAUCGCGAAACUGCAAAGGGAGCCGCCGCUAAUACGUACAAUUCUUGCACCUCAGACGGCAUGGGGGCUGUGGGUGCGGAACCGAAUUUUUGCUUUCGUUGCUUGGACUAGGAUAUUGGAGUUUGCGCAGAAGUACUUUGCGAGUGCCUUCGCCAGUUCUGACAAGUUUGGGCUUCCUGAGUAUGAGUGGGUAGCGUGAUUGGAAGAAUAUAUGUCGUGAGUAUGCGCAAAACUUGUGCUGUAUAAAUAGUAGAAACUCCGCACAAUAAAUAAUUACGGACA